AUGGCUCUCAGAGUUAUUGCACUGUCUUGCGUUGUAUUUCUAGUCUCACUCAUAAGCUUCGCUACUGCAAUGGGCACAACUAAGAAGUGCCAGUACGUUGUGAGAGUUACGACAGGAAAUGUCAAUAAUGCAGGAAUGGACUCCACCAUUAGCCUCAAGUUAAGUUCCCUUUCCGGCGAUAGUUUUACCAUCGCCAACCUCGAAGAUUGGGGCUCAAUGGAAUCCUGUCACGACUACUUCGAGAAGAGCAACCUUGACGUCUUCAAGGGCACUAGCAAUUGCCUCUAUGUUUGCGCCGUCACCGUCAGCUCCAACGGCGCAGGGUACAAGCCAGGGUGGUACUUGGAUUACGUGGAAGUCACAGUCAGUGGCGACGUAUCUAAGGACAUAUCGUUCCCGGUGAACCAGUGGCUGGCUGAAGACUAA